AUGAAGAAAUCGAACGGGCGCAUGGACACUAGGGUCCUCCUGGAAGCCAUGUCCGAGGACAAAUCACACCUGGCCAAAUUCCUCCUCGAUGCGCUGGACGGCAAAAUCGUGGAUACCCGAACGGAAGGCGCGCAGACCCCGCUCGUGCGCUGCGUGCUUCUGAGCGACUGUCGGACGCGGUGUGCGGCCGUGGAACUGCUGCUGCAGCGAGGGGCCGGGGUCAACCACCGGGACCACCGCGGGCGGACGGCGCUGAGCUACGCGAGUGAAAGGGGAUAUUUGGAUGCCCUUAAGAUCCUGGUUCGCUAUAACGCGGACCCCGAAAUCGUUGAUAUGCGGGGGAAUACCGCCCUGAUGUACGCCGUUGUGGCCGGCCAAGUGCAAGUGGUGGAGUUUUUAGUAAGAGCUUUUAAGAGAAUGGGCCUUCAGAUUGAAAUGCGAAACAAAGUCGGAAAUUCUGCGGUGGGAGUUGCGAGGUUUCUCGGCCACACCGAGUGCCUUUUUACGCUCACCAAUAACGCCAAAUGGGGACGCGAGCACGAAACAAGUGCAGACUCCACGGAGGAGUUUGAGAGACAAGGCGACCGUUCACUCGCGCCCCCGAAAGACCUGGUGUUCUCCGGUGUCCUUACCCCCAAGCCGCCAACCCGGCAGACCAUUACGCACAAGCCCAUUACGCACCAAGUCGGAGAUAAGUUAAGUAAAGUAACGACAACUGACUACCAAAUGCCUCCAUUACGCGGGAGUAGUGGCGCUCCGGGGCUCUACUCGCCCCGUCCGGGCAAAACAGCGGCGCGUGAACCUUUUGCGCUCUCCAACCCCUGCACGCCUAGCCCCAUCGGCGUCCUGCUGACACCCAUCACACAUGAGAUGGGGUCGGAACGGGAAAAACACCACGGGUUAGAGUUCGCUCGGAUCCCGGAGACCUACCCGCAGAUCACGAGGCAGAGCCGGGUCACGGGGCACCCCCAGGUCGGCAGUAAGUCUAGCGUGGGCAGCAUCAGCGCUGUGAGCACGGGCUCCCGCCGCCAAAGCGCCCUUUUUUAUAUCGCCGGGAAUCGUCGGAUCGCGAUGGAACUCCUCUCCGGAGUCAGGACGUCGGAGAGCGCCCGCGUGCUGCUGCUCUGGGUGCUGGGUCUUUUGUUCCGGCCCAUGGUUUUGGCAGAGCAGGAAGGGGAAAACUUAUCCGGCUUGUCCACUAACCCGGACAAAGGCAUUUUCGCAGUCCGGGAGAACGGCACGACUUGCCUCAUGGUCGAGUUUGCCGUUAGACUCACCGUGCCAUUCGACGUGCUCGCGCUCAACGGGAUAGACCUGAUCACGGAGCAGGCUUACCUGCCCCUCCCCCGGGGCGCUGAGAUCGAGGGAAAGUGUGCAUCCACGGAGUCCGAGAUCCACAUCUCGUGGAAGAACAACGCCUACACGCUCCACAUCUACUUUUCUAAGGAGUUUCGUGACAAGGAGGUCGAGGUGUGGAAGGUCAGCAAAGUGCAGUUCUUCUACGACACCGCGGAGACGACACACUUCAUCAACGCAUACAACCCGGGGAAGCACACGGCCUCCACGCAUCGCCUGUCCGCUCUGGUGACCCCCGCCGGCCAGUCGUACGUGUGCGCGGCCCAGCAGACCCUCACGCUCAUCUCCACCGACCACCAGAAGGGCGUCACGCUGUCCAUGUACGACAUCCAGAUCCAGCCCUUCGACAUCACCUCCGACUUCAUCUUCAGCGAACCCUACAAGUGCAUCACGGACCAGAGGGAGCGUCUGGAGGAGGCCCUGCCGCUCGUGCUUGGUUUCAUCCUGGGCCUCAUCAUUGUCAUCACGCUCACCGUGUACCACUUCCACCUCAAACUGACCGCGCAGCAGCCCCAGCUCCCCCGGGACCGCUCCAUGUACAAGAACAUGUAAAUUAAUGUAUAGGCUACCCCAUCCGCAGUC